AUGGCCGACGAAGUCUACGAAGGUGCCAUCGGCAUCGAUCUUGGUACCACCUACUCCUGCGUCGCCGUCUACGAAGGCACAAAUGUCGAAAUCAUCGCCAAUGAGCAGGGUAGCUUCACCACUCCUUCGUUUGUCUCCUUCACCGACGAAGAGCGCCUCAUCGGCGAGGCUGCAAAGAAUCAGGCGGCAAUGAACCCAGAAAACACAGUCUUUGAUGUCAAGAGAUUGAUCGGAAGACGAUUUGAUGACCCGACUGUGAAGAAGGAUAUUGAAUCAUGGCCGUUCAAGGUCGUUGACCAGGGUGGCAAUCCCAUGGUGCAGGUUCAAUAUUUGGGGGAGACCAAGACUUUCUCACCACAGGAAAUCUCGUCCAUGGUUCUUGUGAAGAUGAAGGAAGUUGCAGAGACCAAACUGGGCAAGAAAGUCUCCAAGGCUGUCAUUACCGUGCCUGCUUAUUUCAACGACAACCAGCGACAAGCCACCAAGGACGCCGGCGCCAUCGCUGGCCUCAACGUUCUCCGUAUCAUCAACGAACCCACCGCUGCCGCCAUCGCCUAUGGUCUUGGGUCUGGCAAAUCAGACAAGGAGCGAAACGUCCUCAUCUACGACCUUGGUGGUGGUACGUUCGAUGUUUCCCUACUAAACAUCCAGGGUGGUGUCUUCACGGUCAAGGCUACCGCAGGAGAUACGCAUCUGGGUGGUCAAGACUUCGACACCAAUCUCCUCGAACACUUCAAGAAGGAAUUCACGAGAAAGACCAAGAAAGACUUGUCCGGGGAUGCCCGUGCCCUUCGAAGACUUCGGACGGCCUGCGAACGCGCGAAGAGAACGCUGUCGAACGGAACGCAGGCCACUGUCGAAAUUGAUUCGUUGUUCGACGGCGAGGACUUCAAUGCUACAAUCACCCGUGCCCGUUUUGAAGAUCUCAAUGCCAAGAUCUUCAACGGCACUCUGGAGCCUGUUCAACAAGUUCUGAAAGACGCUGCUAUCGAGAAGUCAAAGGUGGAUGAGAUUGUGCUUAGCAUCAACCCUGACGAAGCCGUUGCCUACGGAGCCGCUGUUCAGGCAGGUAUCCUGUCCGGCAAGGCCACUUCUGCUGAGACUGCCGACCUCCUCCUACUUGACGUCGUCCCUCUGUCUCUCGGAGUGGCUAUGGAAGGCAACAUUUUCGCUCCCGUUGUUCCUCGUGGACAGACCGUUCCCUGCAUUAAGAAGAGGCAAGUAUAUCCAACCUUCACUACGGUUAUCGACAACCAGCAAACUGUUCAAUUCCCCGUGUUCCAAGGAGAGCGGACAAACUGCGAAGACAACACCUCCCUGGGUGAAUUCACGCUUGCUCCCAUCCCGCCGAUGAGAGCUGGUGAGGCUGCUCUUGAAGUUGUCUUUGAGGUCGACGUCAAUGGUAUCCUUAAAGUCACCGCGACCGAGAAAUCCUCGGGCAGAAGCGCCAACAUCACCAUCUCUAAUGCCGUCGGCAAACUCUCCACCUCGGAAAUCGAAAAGAUGGUCGAAGACGCCGCCAAAUUCAAGACCAGCGACGAGGCAUUCACCAAGAAAUUCGAAGCUAAGCAGCAACUCGAGUCUUACAUCGGCCGUGUGGAGGAGCUGAUCAAUGACCCUGGAUUGUCGAUGAAAAUGAAGCGUGGCAACAAGGCCAAGAUCGAGGAGGCUCUGAGCGACGCUAUGCAACAACUUGAGGUGGAAGAUUCCACACCAGAUGACUUGAAGAAGAAGGAGCUGGCUCUGAAGAGAGCUAUGACCAAGGCCAUGGCUACGAGGUAG